GUUCAUUUGACUAAACGGACUAAUCAAAUUCCUGCUUUCUUGUGAUUGUAUUUUUUUGAAGCUUCGAAGAAUUUAUUCAGUAGAGAAUUUUUUUGGUGAUUGAUUAUAAAAAAGUUGAAGUCUUUAAGAUUUGUUGUUUACUGAACCGAAAAAUUCAGUUUAGUGAUGUACACGUUUACUACGCAUAUUUAUCAAUCAUCUGAAUUCAUCUUUCGAAUUUUAAAAUGAAUUCUUCUAAUAUAAUAUCGUGCGCCGUUUGUGGACAUACUGAUAAAUUGUAUAGUUGUUCUCGUUGCAAGUUGAUAUUUUAUUGUUCAAAAGAACACCAGAAAAAGGAUUGGAAAAAACACAAAGUAGACUGUGGUAAACCUUCAGAAAAUAGGAAUACUGAGGGAAAUAUUAUAACAAAUAUUGAAGAAAAACUAUCAACAUUAGACAAAAUUAAAUUAUUGAAUUCCACCUCUAUCACACCACCGAGAACUCCUAUAUCGAAUCAGUUGAUAGAAGAUUCUCCAAGUACAUCAAGAAUAUCUAUAACAAACUUCGGUAAGCCAACCACAUCUUUAGAAACUCAGCUUACGCCUCCUACAACACCAGAAAACGAAGAAAAAGCAAGUUCUAUAUCUCAAGUGUUGGGUACGGAAGCACAUACUACUUCUACUACAUCCCAAAAAGGUGCUAUUACAUUGGAACGUCCAGAAAGUAGUGCCUCUAUCUCCUUACCUCAACAGGGAAGUGCUGAAAGUGAAAUUUUGGCAACAGCUAUUGAAAGGUUGUGCUUCUACCCUAGUAAUAUUAACAGUACUUUAUCAAACCAAGAAAGUGCACAUAAACAAAAUAUGCCUGUAAAUAGAAGAAAUGUUAUACCCGGUACACCUGAAUUUAGGCAAAGAACUGAUCCUGCUUUUCAAUACUCAACACCUAUGGAUGAUAUGGUGAAUAUUAUCAUUGAAGAUUUAAAUGCACAUGGAUUGUGUGUUUUAGAUGAUUUUUGUGGUCCUCAAAUAGGAAAAGCUGUGUUGCAAGAAGUAUUAAACAUAUAUAGUAAAGGAAUUUUCCAGGAUGGUCAGUUAGUAUCAAAGAGUAAGAAUGAUGCACAAUCUAUUAGGAGUGAUAAAAUAUUGUGGGUAGAUGGCAAAGAACCUCAUUGUAGAUAUAUUGGUCAAGUAUUGAAGAAAAUCGAUGCUUUAAUUAUGAGGGCAAAUAAAACUCCAAAUAAUGGAAAAUUAGGUUGCUAUAAUAUUAAUGGCCGAACUAAGGCAAUGUGUGCUGUGUACCCUGGUUCUGGUACUCAUUAUGUCAAACAUGUGGACAAUCCAAAUCAUGAUGGUCGAUGUGUCACCGCUAUUUAUUAUCUUAACCUUAAUUGGGAUGUGAAGAAAGAUGGAGGAGUUCUACGGAUAUAUCCAGAAAGUGAAAAAGAAAAAAUGGCAGAGGUAGCACCUCUAUUUGAUAGACUUAUAUUUUUCUGGUCUGACCGCCAGAAUCCUCAUGAGGUGCAACCUGCAUAUUCAACACGCUAUGCUAUCACACUGUGGUAUUAUGAUGGACCUGAAAGAGCUCUUGCUACAAAGAAAUUCGAAUUGGAAAAUAAGGUUCAAAGAACUAACAUGACCUCAAUCUCCUGAUAUAAGUGUUCAAGCAGAUGGAAUUAAAGACAUAAGUGUUUGGUGUUUGCCACCUAACAAAUUGAGCUUUUAGUUGAUUUAUUAUAACAAUAAAGUAUUAUUUUUUUUUUUUUGGUCAUUGCAAUACUUCAUGAAGGAAAAAUUUGUUUUGGUUAUACAAAUCGUUUUUUUGAUUGAACUAAUAUGAUAUAUUCAUGUGUUCCAUUUGAAAAAGCUGAUUACUUAAUCUAUGUAAAUAUUAUUCUCUGUAAAUAUUAUUUACUCCAUAUUGGUGUAGCUUCAUAUUCAGUUGUACAAAGGUUGUUUUAUCGAUCCUUAUUAACUUAUUAAUUUUAUCUAAUAUGUAUAUAGACAAUCGAGAUUUUGCCUAUUUGUGAUCUUUAUUGUGGAGUGUCAAAAUAUUCAUGAAUUUCAAGUUUUGAUUUCUUUUCAACUACUCGCAUACUGAAUCAAGAAUCAAAAAAAGAAGUUUUUUAAAUUGAGCUAUUGAUAAAUAAUGAAAUUAAUGAAAGACAAAUGUUAUACCUCGUAGUGAUUCUAGCACAAUUAUUCAAGAGUUCUAGACUAAUAAUUAGUAGGCUUUUCAUACGUUUAGUCUAAACUUAUUCACAGAUUUCCACUCCAAACUUCUCUGUAAAUUGUGAGUACAGAUAAAUAUAAUAAGGACCAUACCUUGGACCAUAUAGAGUACCUAUACCAAAAAUGCGCUGUGUAUAGGGUGAUCUGUGUGAGGCAGAGCCUCAAAAUAAUUUGUAUAUCAUGAGAUAUACUCAAAAAUGAUGGAUUUAGACAUAUUUGGUUGAUUACAUGUUGAAAAGUGAAUAUUUCGAGACUAUUCAAUCAUGACGAAAGGUAGAUGGAGGGCCUUGAACUUUGCAAAAAAAAUCGUCAACUGAAAAUUCUCGUUGAAUUUUUUGUUUAUUUUAAAGAAAAUGGUUCAGAAUAACAUUAAAAAUAUGAUCUGACGGUUUUCACAAGCCGAAGCAAUGGAAAACGUCAAUUAAAGUCACAGAAAUCACUCUUUCUAUAACUGCGUGUCAAGUAAAAAUUAACAUGAUUUUGAAUACUCACAAUAAAUUUUUCAAACAGGUGAAUAUUGUUGAAAAUUGUGAUGUUUCCAUGUGAUUGUCGUGGAAUAAUUGUUAUUCUAUGAUAUGCAGUGUUUAUUGUGAAUAUUUUAUUACUAAUAAUUGUUCCUUUGUGAUUCAGUUUUUUUGGAUCUUAUUGAAAUCGUCCAAAUUUUUGUUUUGGAAUGUUUUUAGCAUGUAUGGUAUUGUGAAGGAAUAUUUAGAACAGUCUUUUCACUAUGUUUCAUGAAAAAUGGCACUUACAAAAUGAGAAUUUGUGAACAAAAAAUAUUCAGGUGAAAAUAUCUCACCAACAUUUGAAAACUGAAGCAAUAUAGUUAUCAAGUAAUGAUAACGCAAAAAAUGCGGAUUAUAGUUAGUAAACUCUGAUUAUUUGAUAAAUGAAAGACUUUUUGCUCAUUAUUACAUAUAUCUUUAUUAACCACAUAUUUUGAAGACUUUUGUUGCCUAAAAAGUGGUUUUGUUGGAAUUAAAAUUGUAUUCAAAAUUUAUUAAUGGAAGAAGUCAUGGCCACUUAUGAAAUUUUUACAGCAAACAGAAAGAGUUUCAAUUGAAUUUGUUCAUUUGUGAUUUUCAAUACAUAUAUACUGACUUAAACUUCAAAUUCAAGAAUAGUUUUGAAUUCUGGCUAAUUAUGUACAGCCAGAAUAUAGCGGGCCUGUCAAACAGUGUCGAUUUUUUUUCUUCAGUGUUAAUCCCUGCAUUUUAAAUAUAAUUUACUCUACACUG